GAGCCAGAGGAAGGCAGAGGAAACGCGAACAGACUGUAAGCCCUGCCCUGAGAGCGAGCCACUGUGAGCGAGCCGAGCUAGAGAGAGAGAGCGCGCGCGAGCGAGCGCCAGUGGAGCCCGCGUGGAGGGAGCCGCCGAUUCAUCCCGCAACAUGAACACCCUGCUGUCGCGGGCGAACUCGCUGUUCGCCUUCACGCUGAGCGUCAUGGCGGCGCUCACCUUGGGCUGCAUCCUCACCACCGCCUUCAAAGACAGAAGCGCGCCAGUGCGCCUGCAAGUCUCCAGGAUCCUGCUCAAAAAAGUGGAGGACUUUACCGGACCCAGAAAAAGAAGCGACCUGGGCUUCAUCACCUUCCACAUCUCUGCGGAUUUGGAGAAGACUUUCGACUGGAACGUCAAGCAGCUCUUCCUUUACCUCUCGGCAGAAUAUUCCACGAAAAGCAACGCUGUGAACCAGGUGGUCCUGUGGGACAAGAUCCUUCUGCGAGGAGAGAACCCCAAGCUGGAUCUGAAAGAUGUCAAAAGCAAGUAUUUUUUCUUUGACGACGGGCACGGACUCAAGGGAAACAGGAAUGUCACUUUGACUCUGUCCUGGCAAGUUAUACCGAUUGCUGGCAUUCUGCCUCUUGUGACUGGCUCUGGACGCGUGUCUGUCCCAUUUCCAGAUUCGUAUGAAAUAGCCACGACGUUUUGAAGGACUCUCUCUGCGUAUGUGUUAAGGAAUAGUAGUUAAAAACUGUCAAGAAUCUGAAGAAACUUAUGCUAUAAUAACCAGUUACUUUAUGUGUGGUAUUCGUGCAUGUUCACAUUGAAUGUGAUUUAGAGGCAGACUUUUGCUCGUCUCUUAUUAAAGCAUGCUUGAUUCCUGAAAAA